CAAAAUGUUAUAGGUAUUCUAUUCCAAAAGAACUAACAAUCUCAAAGCAUAACAAGAAGGAGAAGGAUGUGGAAGAAGGGAUUUGUUGUGGUUGAAUUAUUAUUAUUAAUGUUGGUAUGUUCAUCAGUUUUGUUAGUAGUUGAUGGUUUGAGAAGAGAUGAAUACCCGCCUGACUUUGUGUUUGGUGCUUCAACAUCUGCUUAUCAGGUAGAAGGUGCAGCAGAUGAAGAUGGAAGGAAGCCAAGCAUAUGGGAUACUUUUGCACAUGCCGGCAAUGCAAAUAUGUACAAGGGUGAUGGAGACAUUGCAUGCGAUCAAUAUCACAAAUAUAAGGAAGAUGUCCAACUCAUGGCAAAAAUGGGAUUAAAUGCCUACAGAUUUUCGAUAUCUUGGUCAAGACUUAUUCCAGAUGGGAAAGGCCCAAUCAAUCAAAAGGGAUUACAAUAUUACAACAAUCUUAUCAACGAACUGAUAAGUCAAGGAAUUCAAGCACAUGUUACAUUAUAUCAUUGGGACUUACCACAAACUCUUGAGGAUGAAUAUGGAGGAUGGGUUAAUAAAAAAAUUGUAAGAGACUUCACAGCAUUUGCAAAUGUGUGCUUUAGAGAGUUUGGAGACAGAGUCAAACAUUGGACGACAAUUAAUGAAGGAAAUGUUUUUUCACAAGGUGGCUAUGAUAUAGGAUUCUUACCACCUCAACAUUGCUCUCCUUCUUCUAUAUUUAAUUGCUCUAAGGGAAAUUCUUCAACGGAGCCAUAUUUGGUAACACAUAAUAUGUUGUUAGCUCAUGCAUCAGCUGCAACAUUGUAUAGGAACAAGUACCAGGACAAGCAACAUGGAUUUAUUGGGUUUAAUCUCCUUGCUUUUGGUUUUGUUCCUUUAACAAAUACUAGUGAAGAUAUAAUUGCUGCUCAGAGGGCUCAAGACUUCUUUCUUGGGUGGUUUUUGAGUCCAUUUAUUUUUGGAGAUUACCCUGAAACCAUGAAAAAGAAUGUUGGUUCAAGGCUUCCAAUAUUCACAAAAAGCGAAUCAAAUUUGGUGAAGGGCUCAAUUGACUUCGUAGGAAUAAAUUUUUACUAUUCAUAUUUUGUUAAGGACAAUCCUAGAAGCCUAUAUAUAAAGGAUAGAGAUUAUACAGCAGAUAUGGCUGUGGAACUUACGGCUUAUACCUCAGAAGAAACAUCUAAGGAUGAGGCUCAGAUUAUUCCAUGGACUUUGGAAGGAUUGCUUGACUCACUGAAGAAUAUUUAUGGAGAUUUUCCAAUUUAUAUUCACGAAAAUGGUCUACAAACACAUAGAAAUUCAUCAUUGGAGGACUGGCCAAGAAUAAAGUAUUUACAAGAAUACAUUGGUAGUAUACUUGAUAUGCUAAGGAAUGGACAUGAUAUAAGAGGCUAUUUUGUAUGGUCUUUCAUGGAUGUGUUUGAAUUAUUGGGUGGAUAUGAAUCAACUUUUGGGCUUUAUUACAUUGAUUUGAAUGACCCUACUUUGAGGAGACAACCUAAGCUCUCUUCUCAAUGGUACUCUAAUUUCCUCAACAACAGAACUAUGGACCCAAUGGUGGCCAUGCAAAUUGAGAAGAAUGCCUUAUUGCACAAUGCUAUUUAAUGUAAUAAGGACUAGGUAAAAUCUAAGUGAUAUGAGUUUGUAUUAUGGUAUGCCAAAGAAUAAUAAAGUGACAUGAUUCAUGGUGCAAAUAAUUGAUCAUGAAUGUUUUGAAGCUUGUACAUUUAUAUGUGCAUGAUAUACCACAGUCAAGAUUGGUUUGGUUUGGUUUAA